AUGAUCAUCAAGUUUGUUCUCUGGGGCAUAUCAGGCACACCAGAACUUCAGGUUGUGAUUUUUAUCUUUUUAUUCCUUGCUUACGUGUUAAGUGUCGCUGGAAACCUAACCAUCAUCACUUUCACCUUGCUGGAUUCUCAGCUAAACACUCCUAUUUCUUUCUUUCUCCAGAACUUCUCCUUCUUAGAAAUUAUAUUCACCAAUGCUUCCAUCCUUAGGUUUUUGGGGUCAAUAAUCACUGAAGUCAAGACAAUUCCCAAUAACAACUGUCUGACUCAGUUAUUUUUCAUUUCCACGGGAGUGUCUGAGUUCUUUCUUCUAACCGCUAUGUCUUAUGAUCACUAUAUUGCCAUCUGCAAGCCACUGCACUACACCGUCAUCAUGAAUCAGAAAGUCUGCACCCUUCUUAUCCUUACCUCAUGGUUGGGAGGGUUUCUGAUCAUCAUUCCAUUGCUCGUGCUAUAUCUUAAGUUAGAUUUUUGUGCUUUGAAUGUCAUUGAUCAAUUCUGCUGUGACUACUUCCCCAUUCUGCAGCUCUUCUGCUCAGAUACAUGGUGUUUAGAGACAAUCGGCUUUUAUUUUGCAUUUGCUACUAUGCUGUUCACACUGGCCCUAGUGAUCUUGUCAUACAUCUUCAUCAUCAGCACAAUUCUGAGGUUCCCAUGGAGUCAGAGGAAAAAAACUUUCUCCACCUGUUCCUCUCACAUGAUUGUCACCUCUAUCUCUUAUGGUAGCUGGAUUUUCAUGUAUGUCAAACCUUCUGCAAAUGAAAGAGCAUCACUGACCAGAGGAGUGACUGUUCUCAAUACCUCAAUUGCUCCCAUGCUGAACCGUUUUAUUUACACCUUGAGAAAUCAACAAGUAAAACGAGCCUUCAAGGAUUUGAUUAAUGAAGUAGUGUUUGAUAGGAAAAAAUGA